AUGACUGCAGUCAGACGUACUCCAUCAUCUAACAGAAGAGCUAGAGGGCCAAUCAACAAGAGAGCUUGCCAAAGAUGUAGGCUUGGAAAGAUAAAAUGCGAUGGUGAUGCAAUAAGUAACCGAUCCUGCAGUAACUGUGAACCAUCAGCUUGUAUAUACGACACAACGCCAAGAAAGAAUAAACAAAUCGAGCAAAUGAAGGAACAAAUGGACACACUCCAACAACGAAUAAUGGGCAUCUACAGUGAUUUCCAAGGAAAAUUGGCGAUUAAAGAAAAGGAAAAGGAAGUUUUGUGUCUAUUGUAUGAAUCAAAAGAAUAUUUUGGUGGUUGUGCAGAGCAUUUAAUUACAUUCGAUAAUUUGAAAAAUAUAAUUAAACAAAGCACUUACCUCCCAGGAUACUUGGAUUUUAUUGGUGCUCUCAUAUCGAAUUUUAAUUUAAAUCAGGAUAAGGUCCCUGGGAUUAUUGAAUCUUUGGAACGGAUCGUAAGUUGCACUGAACAUCAUGAGAGAAAUGCUCCCGGAAUUGAUCAUUUGAAAAGGCAACAAGAUGAUUAUCAUGAUCGCCAACAAUUUCCAGACAAUGGAAUAAUUUUGACUUCUAAUAACAACGACUUACCGAUACCAGUACCAUCGUCAAUAGAUCAAACACCUAUUAUAAAUAUUUAUAGUAUUCCAAACACCACUGUUGUUAAUAAUGAUUACAACAUUACUCCAGCGCCAUUUGAUCAACAACAACAUAAUAACGAUACAAACACCACCAAUAUUAAUGGCAUAAAUUAUAAUUUAAUAUAUAACCCAUAUAUUUUUUUAGUGGCUUUACAAAAUAUAUGA